CACCACUAAUACCAAACCUUCGCUUUUCUUUUUCUGAAAAGCAAACAAAGCACAGAAGAAGAAGAAGGAAGCAAAAUAUAUUCAAAACAAGCAGUAAAGUCGAAAAGAAAAAAAAGAAAAAAAAAACGAGUUUCAUCACAAACUACGACUUGUCCUAAUCAAACUUGGGAAAAAAUAUUCUCCUUUUCAAAAAAAUUGGGUCUUCUGCUUUGUCUCCAAGCAAACUUUCGGUCAAAUCAUAUUUUUCUUUAAUGGGUUUCUCUGAUUUCUUUUGAAAUUUCAAUGACCAAAGCUUGUACUUGGUGUCCUGGAAUUUAGGAAUUUAAGAAACGGUUUCACCUAAAGAAGUACCGUUCUGGACUAAUUCCAAAGUCAAAGCUUUUUGAAUCAAUGGAGGAAGAGAAGUCGUUCUUGGCGUGGUCGCUGUCCGUUGAUCAAUGUCUGAAAGAGUACAAUACAACACUAGACAAGGGUCUGACCAGCGAAGAUGUCCAAAUCCGCCGUCAAAAAUACGGUUACAACGAGCUAGCAAAGGAGAAAGGCAAGCCAUUGUGGCAUCUUGUAUUGGAACAGUUCGACGAUACUCUUGUGAAGAUUCUUCUCGGCGCAGCGUUUAUCUCUUUCGUUUUAGCGUUUUUAGGCGAAAGCGAGGAAAAUGGCUCAGGUUCAGGGUUCGAGGCUUUUGUUGAGCCGUUUGUGAUAGUUUUAAUCCUGAUUUUAAACGCUGUGGUUGGUGUGUGGCAAGAGAGCAACGCAGAGAAAGCACUCGAGGCUCUUAAAGCGAUGCAAUGUGAAUCUGCAAAGGUACUUAGAGAUGGAACUGUGUUGCCUAAUUUGCCUGCUAGAGAGCUUGUUCCAGGGGACAUAGUUGAGUUACAUGUAGGAGAUAAAGUCCCCGCCGAUAUGCGAGUUUCCGGUUUGAAAACGUCGACUUUGAGAGUCGAACAAAGCUCGUUAACCGGAGAGGCAAUGCCGGUUUUGAAAGGAGCCAGCCUCGUAGUCGCGGAUGAUUGUGAAUUGCAGGGCAAAGAGAAUAUGGUUUUCGCCGGAACAACUGUUGUUAACGGAAGCUGCGUUUGCGUUGUGACGAGUAUCGGUAUGGAUACGGAGAUCGGGAAAAUCCAGAGGCAGAUUCACGAGGCCUCGCUAGAAGAGAGCGAGACUCCUUUGAAGAAGAAGCUAGACGAGUUUGGGAGUAGACUGACUACAGCUAUCUGCAUCGUCUGUGUUCUUGUGUGGAUUAUCAACUACAAGAACUUUGUCUCUUGGGAUGUUGUGGAUGGUUACAAGCCUGUGAACAUCAGGUUUUCGUUGGAGAAGUGCACUUACUACUUCAAAAUCGCGGUUGCUCUCGCCGUGGCUGCGAUUCCCGAGGGUUUACCUGCGGUGAUCACGACUUGUUUAGCUUUAGGGACGAGGAAAAUGGCGCAGAAGAACGCGAUUGUGAGGAAGCUUCCGAGCGUAGAGACACUUGGUUGCACAACCGUGAUAUGUUCAGACAAAACCGGGACUUUAACAACAAACCAGAUGUCUGCAACCGAAUUCUUCACCUUAGGUGGCAAGACAACGACUUGUCGAGUCUUUUCAGUCGAUGGUACGACUUACGAUCCUAAAGACGGUGGAAUUGUGGAUUGGGGAUGCUACAAUAUGGAUGCUAACUUACAAGCUGUCGCUGAGAUAUGUUCGAUUUGUAAUGACGCUGGAGUGUUCUACGAAGGAAAGCUGUUUAGAGCAACAGGUUUGCCUACAGAAGCAGCCUUGAAGGUUCUUGUCGAGAAGAUGGGUAUUCCGGAGAAGAAGAACGGUGAGAGUAUCCAGGAAGUCGCAAACUUUGCAGACAAUGGUAGCUCAGUGAAGCUACCUUGCUGUGACUGGUGGAACAAAAGAUCGAAAAGGGUAGCGACAUUGGAGUUUGAUCGUGUCCGUAAGUCCAUGAGUGUUAUCGUGCGCGAACCGAACGGACAAAACCGGCUUCUCGUUAAGGGAGCAGCUGAGAGUAUACUUGAGAGAAGUUCAUAUACGCAGCUUGCUGAUGGAUCUCUUGUUCCUUUAGAUGAAGCUUGCAGAGAAGUGAUCCUCAAGAAACAUUCUGAAAUGACUUCAAAGGGCUUAAGAUGUUUAGGGUUAGCUUACAAGGACGAAUUAGGAGAGUUUUCGGAUUACUCCUCUGAAGAGCAUCCUUCACACAAGAAGCUUUUAGACCCUUCUUGCUAUUCCAACAUCGAGACAAACUUAACCUUCGUUGGAGUUGUUGGUCUCAGAGAUCCUCCUCGUGAGGAAGUUGGAAACGCAAUUGAAGAUUGCAGAGAAGCUGGAAUCAGAGUAAUGGUGAUAACCGGGGAUAACAAAUCGACGGCUGAGGCUAUUUGCUGCGAGAUUAGAUUGUUUUCAGAGAACGAAGACCUUUCGCAGAGUAGCUUCACCGGUAGAGAGUUUAUGUCUCUUCCUGCUUCACGGCGAUCCGAAAUCCUGUCGACACCUGGAGGGAAAGUGUUCUCUCGAGCUGAGCCGAGGCACAAGCAAGAAAUCGUUAGGAUGCUUAAGGAAAUGGGAGAGAUCGUUGCGAUGACAGGUGAUGGUGUGAAUGAUGCUCCUGCUUUGAAACUCGCUGACAUUGGAAUCGCCAUGGGAAUCACUGGAACUGAGGUUGCGAAAGAAGCUUCAGAUAUGGUUCUUGCAGAUGAUAAUUUCAGUACAAUCGUCGCAGCUGUAGCAGAGGGUCGAUCCAUUUACAACAAUAUGAAAGCUUUUAUCAGGUAUAUGAUAUCGUCAAAUGUUGGAGAAGUAAUCUCCAUCUUCUUGACCGCGGCACUGGGGAUACCGGAAUGUAUGAUACCGGUUCAGCUUCUUUGGGUUAAUCUGGUAACCGAUGGUCCUCCCGCUACAGCGUUAGGAUUCAAUCCAGCUGAUAUUGAUAUCAUGAAGAAACCGCCGCGCAAAAGCGAUGAUUCUCUCAUCGAUUCAUGGGUUCUAAUUCGGUACAUAAUGAUUGGUUCUUAUGUUGGAGUUGCGACUGUUGGCAUCUUUGUCUUGUGGUACACGCAAGCUUCUUUCCUCGGGAUUAGCCUAAUCUCAGACGGACAUACAUUGGUCAGUUUCACUCAGCUUCAGAAUUGGUCUGAAUGUUCUUCGUGGGGAUCGAAUUUCACCGCGGCUCCUUACACAAUCUCUGGUGGGUUUAGGACGAUCUCGUUCGAGAACAACCCUUGCGAUUACUUCACUUCAGGGAAAGUCAAGCCGAUGACUUUGUCGCUCUCUGUUCUUGUGGCGAUCGAGAUGUUUAACUCGCUGAACGCUUUGUCUGAAGACAACAGUCUCUUGAAGAUGCCACCGUGGAGAAACCCUUGGCUUCUUGUGGCUAUGACUGUCUCCUUUGGGCUUCACUGUGUCAUUCUCUAUGUUCCUUUCUUAGCUAACGUGUUUGGGAUCGUGCCUUUGAGUUUCAGGGAAUGGUUUGUGGUUAUUCUUGUUUCCUUCCCUGUGAUUCUAAUCGAUGAAGCUCUUAAGUUCAUUGGGAGAUGCAGCAGAGGAAGCAUCAAGAAGAAGAUCAAGACAAUGUAGAAAGUCUCAUUAACCCAAAAGACAAAAACAGUAACUUUUCUUUUUAUUCUUUCUGGGAGAAACAAAAAAAGCAAACUUUGUAUUUGAUUAUAUUCUCUUUAACAAUCUUUAGUUUCUAUCAACUUCCAUUAGAACCAAAGAUAGUAACCUUUUGUUUUUCUUUUAAUGAAAAUAAAAAGCACACUUUGGAUUUGAUGUAAUAAUCUGUUUACAAUCUUUAGUUGUUUCAUCAAGUAACCCAGACAAGUUUUGUCUUACCAACAACAACCAAUUCAUUACAGAUUCUCUCAAACUCCAUUAAAACAUCAGUCAAAAUCCCUGAUUUACCUCUUGUAACCAACAUCUUGACCAAGCCCUUCAAGUGUUUACCGAAUUUGCCUCUCUCAACAACGUCAUUGACUAAGACCUUGUUGUUCCUCUUCUUCUCUUCUCCCACAAGAAACUCCAUCAACCUUCUGACAUCUUCUUGAGUCCGACCAAGACAAUUCUUCGAUUGACAAACGCUAACGAGCGCAGCAGCAAAUCCAGACGCCGCCUUCUCGUGCACCGGAGGAGACGGAGGCGAUGGAGCUCUCGAGGGUUCAGCUUUCGGAAGCGGUGGCGAGAUUCCACUGGGGAAAGUAGAGUUUUUGUUGUGGGAGUAUGAAGAUGAAGUAGGUCUUGAGAGGUUGGUAGAUGCAGCAGAAGCGGUUGCGUUGACGGUGGAUUUAAAGCGGCGGGAGAUGGAUCUAAGCGGUGGUUGCGGUUGUGGAGGGAGAGAAGGGAGGUUGAAGGAUGACACGGAUGCUGUGAGAGUAUCCAUGGAAGACGAUGAAAUGAGAAUUUCCAGAUAUUAUCUAUCCACUCGGACUCUCGGAGAUGCUAGAAUGCAAUACCGCAUAAUAUGCAUUCUGUUGAACGAGUGAAA